UUUUCAACCUUUAAAGGUAUUUCUUCUUUGAAUGACAAAACAAUAGGCAGUAAAGGACUAUGACCAUGCAUCGAAAACGAAACUUUAAAAUCAAUCUAUUUACAAUUUGCUUCAUCACAGCUUUUUGCGUUGAGGAGCCAAAAAGCAGCGAGGCCGAUUUCAAGGAAGCCCUUGUCCGCAUCCUCCCUCCCCCCUAAACCCCAUCAAUCCCAUUUCCAUCUCUCACUCUUCCGACCUUAACAACCAAAAAAGAUCUGAAAAUCCACGGCACUGCACAACACAGCCAUCGGAGGCAUAAACUUCCUGGCGUGCUCCCGGCUCCGAUCAUCUUCGCCGGCGUGGAGCUCCCUGACAAACCCCACAACUAGUGCGUUAGAAUCUGCAAUGGCCGGCCAUAAUGUUGGGUUCGCGGGGUGGUUCUGGCGAGUGCCGUGACUGACGCUAAGCUUUUGAAAUUUGUCCGUCCUCUUCAUAUCAGAUUUUCAGUAUAGCCAGCCCAAUAUCGACAACAAUUUAAACGUAAUCAUCAGAAAAACAUCAAGCAAUGGCACUAAACAACAGUAACAUUGCCACCGGCGCUAUCAACCUCCUGGCCAUGCUUCUCGCCGGCCCGAUCAUCUUCGCCGGAAUCUGGCUCUCAAACAAACUGGACAACUCCUGUCUCAGACUAAUCCCGCAGUGGCCCAUCAUAGCAUUGGGCAUCUCUGUUCUGGUAGUAGGCGUGGCAGGGUUUAUCGGAGGGUUUUGGCGAAUGAAGUGGCUUCUCGUCUUGUAUUUCAUCUUCAUGUUCGUCCUUAUAAUGGUGCUUGCUUCUUUGGUUGGCUUCAUCUACAAGUUCAUGGUGGCCACUGGGGGCUCCGGCCACGCCGCGCCGGGCCGUACCUUCUUGGAGUAUGAGCUGAAUGAGUUUUCGGGGUGGCUUACUCGGAGGAUCGAAGACCCUCAGGAGUGGGAUCGGAUCCGAAACUGUUUGAGCUCCACCAGCGUGUGUUCUGAGCUGAACCAGGCUUAUCGUCUUCCCCAGGACUUCUUUAAUGCCUACAUUAGCCCUUUGCAGUCGGGGUGUUGUAAGCCGCCAACUCAAUGCAACUACACAUUCGUGAAUCCAAGCUACUGGAUAUUUCCCAUGAACAAGGGGGCGGACAUGGAUUGCCUGAUAUGGAGCAACUUCCAGUCGCAGCUCUGCUACGCCUGCGACUCCUGCAAAGCUGGUUUACUCGCCAAUCUCAAGCAGGAGUGGAGGAAAGCAGACAUCUUUCUGUCCAUCACGCUGGUGGCAUUGUCAUUCGUCUACCUCAUUGGCUGUUGCUGCGCCUGCCUCGCCUUCAGGAAUGCCAAAGCCCAGAGCUCUUCGUCCGCAUCAACCGCCCCGAGAAAGGCUGCGCGUAGGAGAAACAGUUAAAAAUAGCUAGCUAGCUUGCACACGCGCAGCUAGCUAGCUGUGAGCAAUUAGCUCGGCAGUAUUAUAGCUUCAGGAUUUGGUGUGAAUGGCGAUUAGGAUUUUAUCAUAUGGGAACAAAAGAAGGGGGUAGGGGUGGGGUCCUUGCCUCCUUGGGUUUGACGUCUUGAUUGUUUUGGAGAAAGGAAAAUCAUAAAGGUGGGGGAGUGAUUUGUUGGGGGCACCGAAAGCUAAGCUGUGGUUCACUUAUUAUUUGCUUUGGAAUUCGAGAAAAACAAUCUAUACAGUGUACGAGACAGGCCUAAAGUCAAAAAUAGGGUUGAAAGUCGAGCUACCCAUGACCUAUCGUCCUGUGUGUAAUUGCUGGACUUCAUAAUCAUAACGUAUGCUUUAUUUAUUUAUUUA